UUCCAGGGAGAGCGAGCCUCGCGCGUUUCGCUGACGUCACCGCUCGCCCACGCGGAGGUUAUAAAGCGCGACCCCCACUUGCCUCUUGGCCUGCAGCGCAUGCAAUCUCUCUCUCUCUCUCUAGAGCCGCACCGGCACCCUAGUCCUACUAAUCGACCGAGCGAGUGCGCGGCGGAUGGCUCCGACGGUGGCGGCGCCGGAUGCGAAGCCGCACACGAGGAAGGCGGUGGGGCUGGCGGCGCGCGACACGUCGGGACGCCUCGCCCCGCUCACCAUCACCCGGAGGAGCACCGGAGAUGAUGAUGUGGCGAUAAAGAUUCUGUACUGUGGGAUCUGCCACUCUGACCUGCACAGCAUCAAGAACGAUUGGCACAUCACCAUGUACCCCAUCGUCCCUGGCCACGAGAUCGCCGGAGUGAUCACGGAGGUGGGCCAGAACGUGACCAAGUUCAAGGCCGGCGACCGCGUCGGCGUGGGUUGCAUGGUGAACUCGUGCCAGUCCUGCGACCGCUGCAACGAGGGCUUCGAGAACCACUGCCCCGGCAUCAUCUUCACCUACAACUCCGUCGACCACGACGGCACCGUCACCUAUGGCGGCUACUCGAGCAACGUGGUGGUGAACGAGCGAUUCGUGGUCCGCUUCCCGGACGCCAUGCCGCUGGACAAGGGCGCGCCGCUGCUGUGCGCGGGCAUCACUGUGUACAGUCCCAUGAAGUACCACGGGCUGGACUCGCCGGGGAAGCACGUCGGCGUGCUGGGACUGGGAGGGCUCGGUCACGUCGCGGUGAAGUUCGCCAAGGCGUUCGGGAUGAAGGUGACGGUGAUCAGCUCGUCGCCAGGGAAGAAGCAGGAGGCCCUCGAGCAGCUCGGCGCCGACGCGUUCGUCAUCAGCAAGAACGCCGACGAAAUGAAGGCUGCGAUGGGCAGCAUGGAUGGCAUCAUCAACACGGUGUCUGCGAACAUCCCUGUGGCCCCUCUCAUGUGUCUGCUGAAGCCCAACGGCAAGAUGAUCAUGGUUGGCCUGCCCGAGAAGCCCCUGGAGAUCCGUCCAUUUGAUCUCAUCCUUGGGAACAAGAGCCUGACGGGGAGCUGCAUCGGCGGCAUGAGGGACACGCAGGAGAUGAUCGACCUGGCGGCGAAGCACGGCGUGACGGCGGACGUGGAGGUGGUGGGCGCGGACUACGUGAACACGGCCAUGGAGCGCCUCGCCAAGGCCGACGUCCGGUACCGCUUCGUCAUCGACAUCGGUAACACCCUCAAGGAUGCCGAGUGAUCAUACCUGCUGUGCUAGUGGCAACAGUUCUUGCUGCCCCUGCUUGUAUCGGUCUCUAUGAUGAAUCCUCUAAUCUUUCUUGUCAGUGAUAUUGUAGGAAGGGGACGGACAUAUAUAUGUGGUAUAUUGAGUACUGUGUUGGCUAUGUUCAAUUCA